GUUCCUAGCUCCAACAGUGCAGUAAUAUCUAAAAAUACACAACAAGACACACUAAUCUAGAAAGUAAAGUGAUAGAAUUAAGAAAUGUAGAAACAACUGAUCUUCAGGUCGGAAAGUCAGAGUUCUCGAAAGAUGUCAAAUUUUUCGACUUGGAAUUCCGAGUUGGAUGACUGUUCAAUCCGAUUUUUCAGUUGUCUUGAACGCACUGAAGUCAGAGAUUUUAGAGUUUCGAGUUCCCCGUUGUUUUGAACGUGGAAUAUUCACAUCGACUGACAAAUUGCUAUAACAUAUGAUGUGCUUGGCUGAUACUUAAAAUACCUUUCCAGGCGUUGUAAGAUCUGACAGGCGUCAGCAACACCUGGGCAAAGGAAUUCGCCAAUUGUAACGCUGUCAUGACCAGAAGUCUCACAAAACUCAGUUUUGGACAAGACUGACUUUAUGACCAAAAUUAUCCUAUUUACACUUUGUGGUCAAUUAUGACAGUAUAAUAAAUGUUUCUGACUCAUAUCGAUGCACAUAGGGUGUUUUCGAAAUAAGAAGUUGGUUUUAACUUUUAAAUGUGAACUUCAACCGGGUAUCAGAGUUGUUACGUCCCAAGGAUCUCAUUUAGACUUCUCCGUAAUUAAAGUCAAACGUCACGUUUCUACUUUUCUCGUACCUGAUUGGAUGGAUAGUUGUUAUCCCCUACAGAUAUGGGAUCAGUCUACAGUUAAAAAAUUACAAAUAAUUAUAACGACGGCAAUUUUUCUCGUUGGAUGGUCUCAUAACUAUUUUACUACCAUAGUCUGUUCAUGGUUCAUCUUUAUGGUUAAUCUAAUCUUUCUGAGUUUGCUGACUUUUUCUUCAAUACUGUAAAGGCAAAAUGUAAGUGAGCUGCAGGGCGUUCCAAUUCGACUCGAGUGCCACGUCAAAGCGAUGUAGGAGGUGUACUCGAGGGGGCGGGGGGCACGGUGGCCAAUACAAGAAUCUGCUGUUAGACGCUGUCCGGCCAAAUUGAUUCCUAGACACAGCGUUGAAGGUAGAUUCCCUAGAGGAUAUUAUUUUAGCCCUAACCCAGGAGUGUGAUCAUUGUCAUGGAGAGCACCAGAAGCAGACUGGCCCAGAGGCUAGCUGAAGCCGGCCAGUCUCACCUUGUGCAGUUCUGGGACGAGCUGACCCCCGAGCAGCAAGCUGAGAUGACCUCUGACCUAGAAGCUAUGGACUUCCAGGAGAUCAACAAGUUCUUCCGCAGCGCCAUGGAGGUGUCGCGCAGCAGCAAGCAGGAGAAGAUGGACGCCCGCAUGGAGCCGGUGCCCAGGGAGGUGUUGGGCAGCGUGACCAGGGACAGAGACUGCAUCAAGGACUGGGAAGAGAAGGGUCUGCGGUGUAUCUCCCAGAGCAGGGUGGCUGUUCUCCUGCUAGCGGGCGGCCAGGGGACCAGGCUGGGGGUGUCCUACCCUAAAGGCAUGUACGACGUGGGCCUGCCCUCCCACAAGACCCUGUUCCAGAUCCAGGCAGAGAGGAUACUGAGGCUGCAACAGCUGGCAGAACAGAGACAUGGAGCCAAGUGCUGCAUCCCCUGGUACAUCAUGACGAGCGGCCGGACCAUGGAGUCAACUAAAACGUUUUUUUCGCGCCACAGCUACUUUGGGUUGUGCAAAGACAACGUGAUUUUCUUCCAGCAGGGCAUGCUGCCUGCCAUGGACUACAAUGGCAAGAUCAUCCUGGAGAGCAAAAACAAGCUGGCCAUGGCCCCAGAUGGUAACGGUGGUCUUUACAGAGCUCUGGGUACCCAGGGGAUCGUGGAGGACAUGGAUCGGAGGGGGGUCAAGUUCAUCCAUGUCUACUGUGUGGACAACAUCCUGGUUAAAGUAGCAGACCCUGCCUUUGUUGGCUUCUGUGUCCAGAAAGGAGGAGACUGUGGGGCUAAGGUUGUGGAGAAGACCAAUCCAACGGAGGCGGUGGGCGUGGUCUGUAAGGUCGACGGACGUUACCAGGUGGUAGAAUACAGCGAGAUCACCUUGGCUACGGCUGAGAAGCGCAGCGCAGACGGACGGCUGAUGUUCAAUGCAGGAAACGUUGCCAAUCACUUCUUCACCCUAGCCUUCCUCAGGGACAUCGUCCAGACGUUCGAGCCUCAGCUGCAGCAUCACGUGGCCCAGAAGAAAAUCUCGUAUGUGGACACGCAGGGACGGCUAAUCAAACCCGACAAACCCAACGGGAUUAAAAUGGAAAAAUUUGUCUUUGACAUAUUCCAGUUUGCCAAGGCCUUUGUGGUGUAUGAGGUUCUUCGUGAAGACGAGUUCUCUGCCCUGAAGAACGCCGACAGCCAGGAUGGUAAAGACACGCCCACCACGGUGAAACACGCCCUCAUGUCCCUGCAUCACCGCUGGGUCCUCAAUGCUGCAGGACACUUUAUAGAUGAGAACGGGACACGUGUGCCUGCUAUACCCAGAGAUGGACCUGCAGGAUGUGGCACAGCUGAUGUCAACCAGAAUCUGAAGGAUGGAACAGACCUGCCAAUCAAAUGUGAGAUCUCCCCACUGGUGUCCUAUGGAGGAGAGGGUUUGGAGGAGCUGGUGAGUGGGCGAGAGUUCCGCCCUACCCUGGUCAUCGAUGAAAGUGGAGCCCACGAACUGGUGAAGAAUGGCUUGUGAGGGAUGGAAAAUGGAGAGAGAGCGAGUGAGCAAAAAUCAGAGAUGAGCCAAAGACCUAUUCCACUCCUUCCCCCACUCCCUCUCCUCCUCCCUACAACUGGAAGAAACUGUGACGUUUGUUUCCGUGCAAUAAUGCUGCGUUCAUUUGCUUUCCUAAAUAAUUGAAACACAAUGCAUUUCCGACAUCCAAAAACGAGCUUCUUAAUUGGAAUUUUAAGUGGGAAACCUGUACUAUAACUCAGGAGAUCCAACCCCCAGUUGAAAUGUUUUCCAAAUUUUUGUUUUUUCUGAGGAGCAUGUGGCCGCAGCACAGGAUGAAGGACAGAAGCCUUGCGGGGCUGGAUGAAGCAGUUUGAAGAUCAAGCUAUUUAUUUUGCUUAAGUCCAAUAUUUUUAUCUGUCUUGUAGAUGGAAAUUACCACCUAUGCAUUUUACCAAGUGAUUUGUACAUACAGAUACAAAUAGAGAUGGGUACAGCAAUUGUAGUCAGAUGAACCUAAUAUAAAUGAUUGAUUUAUUAUUAACAUGUAAUGUUUGUUCAUGGAAAGAGUUUUUUGAUGAUAACUGGGUUGCAUAGCACACUACUGCUAGUCUUCUGCCUGAUUGGCUUCCAAAUGACGCUGUUGACAUAAGAAUUGUUUUCCAUUUUCUUUAUUAAAGAAAUAUCCAAUUUGAA